CGUGAGUCCACCGUGAGCGGUCGGGUCAUCGAUCACGCUGUCGCCUGCCUACCGACCUCUCCCCCCCUCCCUUCGACUCCGUGCUACUACUUCUCCGGCAAUCUACGACGUCGUCUGGAUUAUUCAAUGUCUGAGAUGAUCAAUGAAACCCCCAUCUACCCACUCGGACCUGCCGAGCGUCAGAAGAAGAGGAAACUGCAAUUCGAGGACAGUCCACCAGGUUCGCCGGAUUUCUUCGAGGCCGCGAUGGAAUUGACAAAGGACGAUAGCCUACCACUCCAUGUUCGAACGAUCAUUGCUUAUCUGGUGGACAGUCGAAAAGGAAUGGACGACCUCAUGCAAAGUAACCACGUUCGAGCAGCCCCAGCAUCCCCCCAAAUGGAGACAUGGCAUCGAACAAUGGCAACGUUUGGGAAGAAAUGGAAAGAAAGAGGUCACUUGUCUUCGCUGGAGUACCAGAAAGCAGAGGAGGACCUAGCAGUUACAGGACUAAUCACGAUUUCCUAUGCGUAG